GGCAGGCCCUGAGGACUGGCAGCUUUUCCGAGGUAGUUGAAGGGAGACGCUUUAUCUGGAGCAGUGUGCAAUACCCACGCCCAGGGGCCCUGCUGGUCGACAUGAAUCUCAUGCAGGAGUUGCUCUAUACAGAAGUCUUGUGAGACCACUGUGCAGCAAGGUGAUGAUUAUACAAAGAGUGGUAUUGAAUUCCCGACCUGGAAAAAAUGGUAAUCCAGUGGCAGAAAAUUUCCGAAUAGAAGAAGUAAAUUUACCAAAUAAUAUCAAUGAAGGACAAGUACAAGUGAGAACUCUUUAUCUUUCUGUGGAUCCUUACAUGCGUUGCAGAAUGAAUGAAGACACUGGCAGUGAUUAUAUAACACCUUGGCAGCUGUCUCAAGUGGUUGAUGGUGGAGGUAUUGGGAUUGUAGAAGAAAGCAAACACGUACAUUUUACUAAAGGCGAUUUUGUGACUUCUUUCUAUUGGCCCUGGCAAACCAAGGCUAUUCUGAAUGGAAACAGCCUUGAGAAGGUAGACCCACAACUUGCGAAUGGACACCUUUCAUACUUUCUUGGAGCUAUAGGUAUGCCUGGUUUGACUUCCUUGAUUGGGAUACAGGAGAAAGGUCAUAUAACUGCUGGAUCUAAUCAGACAAUGGUUGUUAGUGGGGCUGCUGGUGCUUGUGGAUCCUUGGCUGGGCAGAUUGGCCAUUUGAUGGGCUGUUCCAGAGUGGUGGGAAUUUGUGGAACACAGGAGAAGUGCCACCUUCUGACCUCAGAACUGGGCUUUGAUGCCGCAAUUAAUUAUAAAAAGGGGAAUGUGGCAGAACAGCUCCGUGAAUUUUGUCCAGCUGGAGUGGAUGUUUACUUUGACAAUGUUGGUGGUGACAUCAGUGAUACAGUGAUAAGUCAGAUGAAUCAGAACAGCCAUAUCAUCCUGUGUGGUCAGAUUUCUCAGUACAACAAAGAUGUGCCUUAUCCUCCUCCACUACCCCCUGCUGUAGAAGCAAUCCAAAAAGAAAGAAACAUCACAAGAGAAAGAUUUCUGGUGUUAAACUAUAAGGACAAAUUUGAGUCUGGCAUUCUACAGCUGAGUCAGUGGUUUAAAGAAGGAAAGCUAAAGAUUAAAGAGACUGUGGUAAAUGGAUUGGAAAACAUGGGAGUUGCAUUCCAGUCCAUGAUGACAGGAGGUAACAUCGGAAAGCAGAUAGUUUGCAUUUCAGAAGAAACCUCUUUGUAAUAUGUAUAAGCAUCUUCAUCAAGGAAAUACACAGAUUUCUUUCCAUUUUACUCAAAGAUUUUUAAGAUAUUUCAUAAAGAAAAAUCUUAGACUACAGAUAGCUUUGUUUUUAUGUUGAUUUUUGAGAGUUAGAGACAGAGUGUGAGUGGGGAGGGGCAGAGAGAGAGGGGGACACAGAAUCAACACAGGGCUCAAACCCACAAGCCAUGAGAUCAGGACCUGAGCUGAAGUCGGAUGCUUAACUGACUGAGCCAGCCAGGUGCCCCGAGUACAGAUAGCUUUUAAUUUGAAAAUGUGAUCAUAGGUAAUAUUUUCUAGUUGGAUAACAUUUUUUCCUUUAUCUUCAAUAUCAUAUAUGUUCUCUGUACCCAACAUGAGUAUUUACAAUAAUAGACUGAAGUCAACAUAUUUUUCUUUCCUUUACCAAUAUUACAUAUGAUGUUUUGAUUAGACAGUCUGAAACCCAUAGAGAUUUGAUGUAACUCUUUAGCAGAUCAUACAAAAUAAACAGAUUUUUACAGUUAAUAACUUUCACUUAAAAUAGAAUGCUUGAGGGGUGCCUGGGUAGCUCAGUCGAUUAAGCAUAUGACUCUUGAUUUUGGCCCAGGUCACGAUCUCCCGGUUCAUAAGAUGUAGCCCUGUGUCAGCAUCGUGUGCUGACAGCGUGGAGCCUGUUUGGGAUUCUCUCUCUCCCUCUCUUUCUCUCAAAUUAAAAGAAAUAUAUAUAGAAUGCUUGAGAAGACACAUUGUAAAUAUACGUUGACCUGGAAAUGCUUUACGUAACUCUUGAACUGUAAUUUGGUGUAAGAAUAGAAUUGGGAUGGCCUUUCCAUGUGGAGAUGGAGAUGGCAGUGUGUGUGUAGGGGUUUUGGGGGAAUCCAGAGCUUGUGGAGCAGUUUUUAGGAUACAGAGCAGAGGCUUUGUGUUGAGAAGAUAAAUAACUGAGGUCAGUUAGGUCGAUGGAGACAGUAGUUUACUAGAGGAUGAUCUAUUUGUGUUUUGCUAAAUAAUUUACUGUAUAGUCUAAAAACUCAUAUAUUGACGAAAGCAUGUUUGUUUUAGGUUAGCAGGCACACACUGUCACAUAGUGUAAAGAUUUCGAGGGCAAAUAGAUAUAAACAUCACUUGAAGUCUUAGGUGAUUAGAAAGAUUAAGACAACAAAGACAGUUUUAGCAAAUGACAGGACUUAAAAGAAAAUGACAGGACUGACUGAACAAAUUAACAAAUGGUUCUGAACAUGAGUUUCAAGAUCUAUUAAUGAACCUCUAAAUAAGAGGGUUUGUUUCGUUAAUUUAAUCAACCAUUUACAACAAUAAAAUCGAGGAUAUUUUUCUAA